AAAAAAAAAAAAAAAAAAAAAAAAAAAAAAACGGUAGCCCGAAGAAUAGCUAAUGAACAUUUUAUUUUUACUUUGGAAACUGACCCCAUCUGUUCCAAUAGCGAACAAAGUCAUUUUUUUUACCUUGUAGGUUGAAACACAAAUAGUACGCAGGAGGAUUUUUUUUAAAUGUUUGCUUCAUCUUUAAAGCACCCCAAUGCACUUGUCCAACAUUCUGCAAAUGCAUAGGUGAAGGCUUGAUGGAUGUAUUUUUUGGCAAGUUCACAGGGAGGAAAGUUAAAGGCAUUGGCCUGAUUUUACUUCCUUCUGCUUUAUUCUUGCUUGUAGGGAGAGGGCACACACAAACUGGUCGGCCAAAGGCGUCGACUAAUGCUUGGGAGCAAUCGGGACUGUUGAACCAAUACUCAACUCCUGCUGUUCAAGCUGUGUGAUGAGGCACAAGCCCUUUUUUCAUACCAAAACAUUCGGGAUCAUUAUCACGUUUCUUGACAUCUACGGGAUCAAGAUCAAUGCCUUUUGUAAGUGUCUUACGAAGUCGAUCUACAUUCACACCAAAACAAUUUGUAUAGGUAUUUUCCAAACUGUCUACCGCACUCAACAUAACAAUUUUGACCGCUGGAAAUUCACAUUGUUCUCCAGAAGCGAGGAAAGCUGCAGAUCUCACUCCACAAUAGCCAUCACCUUCAGGAUCGAAUGCUUGCACAACAUCAUCCAAAGGAUUGCUUUCAUGCAAUCUGAAAGGAAGUGUAGCCAUUGUCAUUGUUCGUGCCCUUUUUCUUGGAAUGAAUGCUUCAUACUGGUAUUUCAAACUGAAGUCGUCAUCUUUAACUUCUUCAGCUUGAAACUUUCUUUUUUUGGCUUUGUCCUAAUCUUUUGGGUUUGUCAGUGCUUAGCGUUUCUAUCAAAAAUGUACGCAAGUUCUUUUUUUUUCAUGUUCUUCGAUUUCAAUCACUUCUCUGACUUUUUGAUCUUCUUUAAUUUCAAUCAAUUCUUCGCCUUCUUCGCCUUCUUCAAAAUUAAGUCGUUCUUUAUGCAGCGAGAAAUAUUGUCUUCGAAAAGAAGUUUCAGUAGAAUCUUUUUUUAAAGAAGAAAGGCGCGUGAUUUUCUUCUUCUUCCUGGAGUUUUUAUCUUGUAAGAUGACUUCAGGUAAAUGUUUGAAUGUUCAGCUAGUUCUGAAAGAAACGCCUCACUAUUCUCGAAUUGUAGAUCUUCUUCACUGUUUCUUAAAACGUCAUUAAUGCUAUUGAUUAAGUUUGACAUCUUCUGGUAUUUUCCUUCACAAAGCCGGAAAGUAUG